CGGCUCUUUGGCCUCCUAUCCAUCUUGUGGUUCUUAAGAAGACGAGUCACUCUAUAUUCUGCCUUUUACUGGAUAUAUUCUCCCAACUGGCUUCAACCCCACUAUCUAAGCUCUUUUUCUCUUCUGCAUAUAAUAAGGAUCUCUCUUCCUGCUAGUCAAGUUCAAGUCAUAACCUUUUCUUUUGCUUUUUCAUUUUUCUUUUUCCCCUUUAAUGGCAUCCAACUCUCUAACUUCAUCAGCUUGGACACCUAAGCAGAACAAGCUAUUCGAAAAGGCUUUGGCUUUGUAUGACAAGGACACGCCGGACCGGUGGCUUAAUGUCGCAAAAGCUGUUGGUGGGAAUAAAUCGCCGGAGGAAGUAAGAAGACACUAUGAAAUUCUUAUCAAAGAUGUUAGGGAAAUUGAGUCUGGCAGAGUUCCAUUCCCUAAUUACACCUCGACUCGAAAUUAAGUUGAAGGUAAUGUGAUUGCUUAUUCAA